UCAGCACUGUCAUAAACGGCCGCCAAAUAUUCAUCUGUGUUGGAAUAAUCCAAGCCGAGAACGCUGUUCCCAACACGAUCCGGUUUAAAUUUGAUAGGCAAAUACUCGCCCGUGUGCACACUGAAGAGACGAAUGAAGCCAGUGGUCAUGCCAAUGGCAAUUUCGCCACCACCGGCCUUCGAUAUUGCGCCACAUGAAAUGUCAUCGACCUGUCGCUUCUUAAUUCGUUGAAUCACCUCUUUGUUGUCUUUAUUGGUCGUUCGCAUCAAUUCAAAUCCAAACUUUUUGUUAAAUUCCACAAAGCAAUUUUUGCCUGGGAUCACUUGAAAAUCGACCGCUUCGUUUGCAACAUGCGAAUGUGUGUACUUUGAACAAAGAGUGGGAAAUGACGUCCACUGUGUGUUCUUUGCUGUCGAAAUGACAUCAAACAUUUUGGUUCUGUUGUUGCUGUUGUUGGUUUUCUUUUCUAACUAAACCCAAAUUCUACGAUCGUGUCAACUGAACACGCACUACGUAUAACAAUAUCAAUAACAAUAACAAAUUCACAUUUAAAAUUAAAAUCGAAUGAAUUAAAUAAACGGCAUGGAAAUACAUGUAUGAUGAAAACGGUAAAAAUACGUUUCGCCUCGGACAGCUUAUUCGAAAUGAGUGGACUGAGUUCAAGUUGUGACAUUUCGUGCUCGGUUUUGUGUGUUGGAUAUGAGACUGGUUGACAGUUUGCACAAACGAGGGAUAUUUUUUUUUUGGUGACGAACGUUCAGUUUGGUUUUGGGCUACUUUUGAAUUUAAAUCCAUGGAAAAUAUUUUGAAAAAAGAAAAAAGUUUUUUUCGCAAAAAAUUCCAAAAACUUCACUCAUUUCGAGUCGUCAUAAUAAUUUCUUCCCCCUUCGCUAUGUUCACACAAUCAAAUUGGCGAAAAUAUUUCCCGUGUGACAUGCGGCAACACUGCUGUUUCACAUUGAACCGAUUGAUGGGACAUUUCCUCCAUUUCUGAGUGUCGUGUUUAUGUGAGUAUCGGUCGAAUCUCGUAGUGAAUGCGAUAUGUAAGUCGUGUCAAAUUUCUUUGUACAAUAGACCAUAUACAAUACUACAGCAAAACGUCAACAUUCACUUAAAUAAUUAUAUGGACGAAGUAGAAAAAGGUUGCUUUUUUGCUCGUCCUCUUUCUUUUCUAUUGCACCAAACGCCAAAAAAAAAGAAUUUGAUUAGGUGUGUUCAAUUGAAACAAUUGCAGUAAAAAGUUGCGACGACAUUUGAAUUUUGUGAUAGAAAUAAUAAAAAGAGGACAAUUUAAUAAAAUUCGAUUAAAUUCGUAUUAUGAGAUUCCGUCUACUCGAACACAAAUCAAUGUGUGAUGUUUGUUUGUGUGUGGGACAUCAAAGUGAUUAAUAAUUUUGUGUGAAUUCAAUGCCAAAAGAAAUCACAAACAGCGAAAAACGAGCCAUAAAUAUUAUCGACUAGCGUUAAACAAACGAAUUUUAUCAUCAGAAAAUAAAUCAAAAUCAAAAAAAUUGCAUCCAUUCAUCGAUUCUACACGGAAUUUUGCUCGAAAAUUCUCAUCGAUUUUGUGUGUCUAUAAGUAAACAGAGAGAAAGACAGAGACAGAGGCUAAAAUCACCAUGAAUCGUACGGAGGGUUUAGUGCGACGAAAUAAAAGUCGUGCCACUGAAAAUGGCACUUCCGAGGCAAAUAGCUCAACAGCGAACAGUGUCGAUGAAAAUGAUGUGAUCAUUAAUGACCGCGACAAUGAUAUCGACGACACAGAUUCAAAAGAAACACGACUCACACUGAUGGAAGAAGUGUUGCUGCUAGGUUUAAAAGACAAAGAGGGUUACACAUCUUUUUGGAAUGACUGUAUAUCAAGUGGACUACGUGGCUGUAUUCUCAUUGAAUUGGGUUUGCGCGGUCGAGUCGAAUUGGAACGUGCCGGUAUGCGACGAAAAGGGCUAACAUCACGCAAAGUAAUCCUAAAAUCGGACACACCAACCGGCGAUGUGCUACUGGAUGAAGCUCUAAAACACAUGAAAGAAACGGAACCACCUGAAACCGUACAAAGUUGGAUCGAAUAUUUGAGCGGCGAAACAUGGAAUCCGCUGAAAUUGCGAUAUCAAUUGAAAAAUGUACGCGAACGCUUAGCCAAAAAUCUCGUUGAAAAAGGCGUUCUGACGACGGAAAAGCAAAACUUUCUACUCUUCGACAUGACAACUCAUCCGCUGAGUGACAAUGUAGUUAAAUGUCGUUUAGUGAAAAAGAUCCAAGAUUCGGUGUUGACCAAAUGGAUAAACGAUCCACAGCGCAUGGACAAACGAAUGCUGUCACUGAUAUUUUUAGCUCAUGCCAGUGAUGUGCUAGAGAAUGCAUUUGCACCGCUGAACGACGAAGACUACGAGCUGGCAAUGCGUCGAGUUCGUGAAUUAUUGGACUUAGAUUAUGAAAAUGCGGCUAAAGCAAGCACACAAGAAAUUAUGUGGGCGGUGUUCAUGGCCUUCACGAAGUAAAUGGCGAUGUCAAAACUAAUUGUUCUUUUGAUUUUCUUUUUUUUUAAUGGAAUUUCUUUAUGAUUUUCUUCCUCCAAUUGAUUUAUCCUUCUUCUAUCUAUCUAUAUAUUGUUAAUUUUGCCACUGGAACUAUCCCCGAUUAGUGCUAAUCAACUCUCCAACUAUUGAAUACAAUAACUUAGUUUUUAACAAUGAGAAUGUCUCUUAUUCAAAAUAGCAUCCGAUUGAGAUGCUUGUUUGAUCUAUGUUCAAUAAAUGGAACCCGUUAAAAAUGGUUUUGAUUCGGUUUCAUGUGUCAUCGUCCAAACGACGGGGAAUUCGUCUCCAUGUUAAGGAAUGUGAAUGAAAGUCUCCAUGUCCGUUCACUUGAAAAAAAAAAACAUUUGUUUGUGUUUUAGUUACAUUUGAGCAAAAUCAGAGAUAGAGGACGAAAUAGUGUUGUAGCACCCAUUGUGUUUUGAAAUUUUGUCACACAUGUGUUUUCCCCGACCCCAUCAAAAUUUGCAAGAAAUAACAUAAUCGAUUGUCGUGGUCUUUGAAGCGCAACAGAAUUUGACAAUGAAACAAACAAACAAAACGGACAAAUUGACAUUUCCAAAUAAGCGAUAGAAUUUUUGUUUUUCAUAUUUCUUUCAACUAGUCCUAGUUACACGAAUCUUUUAAAAUCAAUGCCGAUUUCUUCAAUAAAUCUGGGAAAAUUAUUUCGUUUAAAAAACACUUUUUAUUUAAAAAAAAAAAAAGAAUUAAUUCUUUACCUAAUAAUAAUUUUAUUUUUCUUUUGAUGCAAUACACAUAUAUAUAUUUUGAAGUGAAAGAGAGAAAAUUGUAUAUAAAAUAGGAAAUAAAAAAAAAAAAAAAUUAUGGAAAGAUGGACGUUUUCAGAGCAAUUGUAUGAAUUCAGCCAACUCUACACCAAGUCAUGCAACGAUUUAAACUUUCGACUUCUCUUUCACAUUACAAUAUUAUGAUUAUGAUGAAAACGAUUUUAAAAUAAUGAGAGAAAAUUAAGAAAAAAAGAAACAAUGCAAUUUUCUAUUUUCAUAGGAUUAUAUAUCAAGAAUUUAGUUUUUAAUUCCGAAUGCCGAAUUUAAUUCCAUUGAUACGAAUUAAAAUGGUAUUUGACAUAAUUUAUCCUGUAAUUUGUAAAGCAUUCAUUCAUCAUUUUACAUAUAUGUAUUGCAUUCAUUCCGCUUGAUGAUUGUUAUAUAUGGCAACGGAGAAUGGACAAGGAUAAUCUGUUUUUAAUUUUAAUUAAUUCCAAUUUUAUUCAAACAGUUAAGUUCUUUCGGUUGAUUUCUAUCACACAAUUCAAUAAAACUUUCUUGAAAAUCAUAUAAAUAAUUUGGAUAUACUUUCUUCUCUAUAUUAAUCGAAAAUUUAAAAUCAUUUCUUUUCCUGAAUGAACGAUCAGUCAAAACAGAAACAUUGAACAAAAUUUAACUUUAACUAGUUAAUUGAACAAACUUAUGUCAACUUCGUAGAGUCUGGCAACAAUUUGAAAUACAAUAAUGGUUACGAGUUGUAAAUGACUUUAUAUACAAACAAUAAUUAAAAUCAUGUUUCCAACAUAGAGAACCAAUAACGAUUAAGGUACAAUAAAAUUGGAGUUAAUGAAAAUAGAGUUUUUUUUCGUUUUAAUUCACAUCAAGAUCCAAACGAGAAAUAAAUGUUAUAUUUUCUUUUUGUUAAAAUAAUUUUUUUCGGACGAAGGACACUUCAAACGACAAACAUUUCACAUAAGUUGUGAACGCAUCCGGAGAACUGAAAUAACAACAUUGAGCAUUUUAAUUAGUAACAGCGUGAUUGUACUGUUGAUAUGUUAACUGUAACUUGAAUAAAGUGAAUGUAUUAAAACAUUGA